AUCAAGUCUUCAGACUGCUUUGCUUAAACAGCUUUGUCAUUAUAAUCAUGUUUUUGCUAUGAUCAGAAGAAAAGCUAUAAAACACCUGCUGUUUCUGUGACUUUCACCUGGCCUUUUAUCUAAGACCCGAUCACAACGGAUAGUGAGUGUGAUAUUAAUUUAUAACUUAUUAACCAAUGUCACUCUUGACAAAACCGAUCAGCAAUUCAGUCACUAUUUGCCUUCUGCGACACAAGUAGAUAUUAUUAAAAGUCUGAAUUACUGACAAUGUAUUACUGCUAGAAAAAAAUAUAACAAAAAAGGUAAUCAAUGUAAUCAAUUUUCUUUAUCCAGGCUCUUUAGAAAAGUCAUAAGAGGUCAUGCAUUAUUAUUUAUCCUGUCAUACUUAAAUCAGUGUCUCUUGAGAAGUGUAAAACUGUGAAAAGGUAAAACUUCAAUUUUCAGGUGACCAGAGAAACGUUAAACAACACAGGUAUUUUUUUUUUUGUUUGUUUGUUUGUUUUGUUUUUACUCUAUGAAGUCAUGAUCAUGAAAAAAAAAAAAAAAAAAAAAAAAAAAAAAACAAGACAGAAAACUAAUGCAGUACCUCUCAGUCCUUUGUUGUUUUUUACUACAUUCAGAUGAUUUAAUGGUAGUGUUUUUUAAUUAGUGUAAGUUUUAAAUAAUUGUACAGUGCAUUAACAAAAGUUUGUAGAAAAGAAAAUAAUAUGGUUUCUAAAUUACUCAAAAAUGGAAAAUAUCAACUGAUAAAAUAGCAAGCAUGUGUUUUGGCCUCAAAAUCACUCAUGUUAACAAGGCAUCAAAACAUUUAGUUCAAUUCAUAAUUAAUGAGUUGUUGAAUAUUAAAGGUAAUUAAACUCAGUUUCUUCUAAAGAUGGAUCACCAUCACAGAAACUCCAGUGAUGACGACAAAGCUUCAGAUCAGAGUAUUAAAAAUCCUCUUUCAUUCAACGGUGAUGCGAAUCAACCAGAGGAGAUUUUCCAAUGGAAAACCAAAACUUUUGAUGAACUGAAAAGAAGCAUUGUGGAACUGAACUCAGAAUUUGACAAAAACUAUGAAACUCUAUUUAGUCAAAUAAAGGAACUGAAUGACAUCACUGAUGAACUUGCAUCUGCGCACAAGAACACAGCAGUGGGCAGUUUAGCAGCAACAGUAAUGGGAGCAGCUGGAGGAAUCACAUCUUUAGCAGGUCUGUGUUUAGCUCCUUUCACAUCCGGUGCUUCUUUGGCUCUUGCUGCUGUUGGUGUUGCUGCUGGAGUUGCUGGAGGAGCAACAGGUGCAACAUUCAGCCUCACUAACAUCAUCAAGCAGAAAAACCUUCGACAGAAGAUUGAGAAGAUCAUCAGUGAUUUCCAGAACACAAUCAACCCAAUGAUUCAGCUUCUGAGUGCAAUAUCUAACAGCACAGAAGUGACCGAACAGCUGGAGAAGCAGAUGUUAAAGCAGCAUGAAGGUGCAGAAGCAGUGAGAGGUGCUGCUCAUUUAUUAAAGAUCGUAUAUGUAGCUGAAGUGGCUCAGAUCGGAAAGCGUGUGCAGAGGCUGCUAAAGCUUUCCAUGCGGCUGCAAAAACGGUUCAUAUGGCAGUGGCGAUCACUGGCGCACUCUCGGCUCUGUUUCUUGCUCUUGAUGUUGUUGGUAUCGUUCAGGAUUUCACAGAGAUCUCUGAAAUGAAACAACCAGCAGCCGAGAGAAAAGCGGAAGACAUCAAAUCUGAAACUCUGAAAUUUCUACAUCAGAUGAGAGAAACAGCAACUCAGUUUCAGAAGACUCUGAAUGGAAUUAAAGAUGCAAAAGACGGUAUUAACAAAAUGUUCAACAAACAGUUGCAAAAUUGCAUUUCUUCUCAGGUUAGUUAAAGGCACAGCGACUGAAACCAGCGACUGACCAUUGUUUGUAAAGCCUUGCUAUUUUUCUGUUUUUGUAUUUUAUAAAUGCACUCGUUUUGCAAAUAAACAUUUUAACCAUGUAUUGUGGAAUUUUAAGCGGAAAAAAUGUUAACCCAAAUAAAUACUGCUCAUAUCCCCCUCUGUGACUCUAUACUUCUGACCAGUGGCAGAUUUAAAAGCGGUCCCUGGCACAGAGCGGUCCACCAUUACCUAGUCCAUAAAACAUGUGCAGAGCUAUUUUUAACACCACUUAUUUAAUUACUUAUA